AUGGCUAGUGAAGCACUUUUGACCUUCAGAAAUGCAAUUGUCAGCUCAGAUGGUAUUCUUCCUUUGUGGAGGCCAGAGGAUGCUGAACCAUGUAAUUGGAGAGGCGUGACAUGUGAUCUGAAAACCAAGAGAGUAAUAUAUUUGAGUCUGAAGAACCAUAAAUUAAGUGGUCCUAUAUCACCCGACCUUGGGAAGUUGGAGCACUUGAGAAUUUUAGCUCUACACAACAACAACUUCUAUGGAACAAUUCCUUCAGAGUUGGGAAAUUGCACAGAGUUGCAGGGAAUAUUCUUGCAGGGCAACUACUUAAGUGGACCAAUUCCAAGCGAACUAGGAAACCUAACUGCACUUCAAAAUCUGGAUAUCUCAAGCAAUUCUCUGAGCGGGUCAAUCCCUUUAUCACUUGGGAGGUUAAAUAAACUCAUCACCUUCAAUGUGUCAAACAAUUUUCUGGUUGGGCCGAUACCAUCUGAUGGUGUGCUCAUCAACUUCUCAGAUAACUCGUUUACUGGAAAUCGUGAUUUGUGUGGAAAGCAGAUCAAUAGAACUUGCAAAGAUAACAGUGGAGGGCCUGGCACUGAUGGGAAGCCUUCUUCAGGUAUAAUUAUAACUCAUCCUGAAAACUCCAUUCUUUUGACUAGAAUCUUACUCCUGGGAGUUGUUGAGGUCACUAUGGAAUUUGGAAAUGGAAUUGAAUUGCCAAAAUCAAGGGGAAAGAAAAAAUACUCUGGUGGAUUGCUCAUCAGCACUUCAGCAACCAUUGGUGCGCUACUUUUGGUCGCACUUAUGUGUUUUUGGGGUUGCUUCCUAUAUAAGAAGUUUGGUAAAAAUGAGAGUAACGGUAUUGCAAUGGAUGUUAGUGGAGGUGCAUCAAUUGUAAUGUUUCAUGGGGACCUGCCCUACUCUUCAAAAGACAUCAUAAAAAAAUUAGAGACUUUGACUGAGGAACAUGUCAUAGGCUCUGGGGGUUUUGGAACCGUGUACAAGCUUGAAAUGGAUGAUGGCAGUAUAUUUGCCUUGAAGAGAAUUGUAAAGAUGGAUGAGGGUUUUGAUCGUUUCUUUGAGAGGGAACUUGAAAUUCUUGGAAGCAUAAAACACCGCUACCUGGUUAAUUUACGAGGUUAUUGCAAUUCUCCUAUGUCAAAAUUGUUGAUUUAUGAUUUCCUACCGGGUGGUAGCCUUGACGAAGCACUCCAUG